UGCGGUAGCUUUUUGAAGUGGGCGGGAUGUACAUUUCCUUACAUAGCUUGUUGUCCGUUGCUAUCAACCUGCCGCAACUUCAUGUGUGUUUAGUCACUCAUGCAUUUGUCAUUUUUAGGUAAAUUAUACGUUAGCAGUCUGCGACAAUUAAGUAAUCAAAGCGUUAAAAUUAAGCUGCAUUUUUUAACAUUUCGUGUUAACUGCAUGCGGGUUGGUCUCUAGUCGACACAGACAUUGCCCGUUUUUUACCCCUGUGGUUGCGGUCUGGCCUUAGCCGCGGCUGCGAAUCAGCUUAAUCUUUUCUCAGUAUCGUCCUGCAUUGAAACAUGUUUAUUUUAUAAAUAUGACGGUGAGAGGGACCCUGUAAACUAAAUGACUGUCAGAAAUAUCGCCUCCAUUUGUAAUAUGGGCACCAAUGCCUCUGCUCUGGAGAAAGACAUUGGUCCGGAGCAGUUCCCAAUCAACGAACACUACUUUGGAUUGGUCAACUUCGGCAACACGUGUUACUGUAACUCGGUGCUUCAGGCCCUGUACUUCUGCCGGCCCUUCCGGGAGAACGUGCUGGCCUACAAGGCCCAGCAGAAGAAGAAGGAGAACCUGCUCACGUGUCUGGCAGACCUCUUCCACAGCAUCGCCACCCAGAAGAAAAAGGUGGGAGUCAUCCCGCCCAAGAAGUUCAUCUCACGCCUGCGUAAGGAGAAUGACCUGUUUGACAACUACAUGCAGCAGGACGCCCAUGAGUUCCUCAACUACCUGCUGAACACGGUGGCAGACAUCCUGCAGGAGGAGAAGAAGCAGGAGAAGCAGAACGGCCGCCUCAAGAACAACGGCACGGCGGUCACCACGGAGACGGAGCCCGAGAACAAGCCCACGGAGCCCACCUGGGUGCAUGACAUCUUCCAGGGAACUUUGACCAAUGAGACGCGCUGCCUCAACUGUGAGACGGUGAGCAGCAAAGAUGAGGACUUCCUGGAUCUGUCUGUGGACGUAGAGCAGAAUACAUCAAUAACACACUGUCUUAGGGACUUCAGUAACACAGAGACAUUGUGCAGUGAAUACAAAUACUACUGUGAGGCAUGCUGCAGCAAGCAGGAGGCCCAGAAACGGAUGCGGGUUAAGAAGUUGCCUAUGAUCCUGGCCCUGCACCUGAAGCGGUUUAAGUACAUGGAGCAGCUGCACCGAUACACCAAGCUGUCGUAUCGCGUCGUCUUCCCUCUGGAGCUCCGCCUCUUCAACACCUCUGGAGACGCUACCAACCUCGACCGCAUGUAUGACCUGGUCGCUGUGGUCGUCCACUGUGGCAGUGGACCCAACAGAGGACACUACAUCACCAUAGUGAAGAGUCACGGCUUCUGGCUGCUGUUUGAUGAUGAUAUCGUGGAGAAAAUCGAUGCCCAGGCCAUCGAGGAGUUCUAUGGGCUGACGUCAGACAUCUCAAAGAACUCUGAGUCUGGAUACAUCCUCUUCUACCAGUCCAGGGAGUAAAUGGAUUAAACACCCAGCCAACCAGAGCCCCUUAGAGAGAACGAUGGGAACUUUGACCCUUACCUGAACCCUGUCUGAGAUGUGUGCCAACACCAUUCCCUAUCCCACGGCCUGCCCUGGGUCUGCCUGCACUUAAUUUCCCAUAACCCCCUUCCCUCCCUGCACUCAGCAUACUGGGAGGACUCUGCCAACUGCGUUUUGCCCUUCAGCCACAUGCAACAAAAAGACAAACAGUCACAAGAACAAGGGGGGAAAAGGAAGAUCCAACAGGCUGGUGUGUGAUGCCUGUUUGUCCCAGCAUGGGUCACUCUCCUGGGGUCUGCCUGGCAUACAGAGCUGGUUGGACUGGUACAGAUACAAUCUUCUUUCCAACAGCAGUCUGUAUCCUUUAUAUAUCUGUAUAGUAUGUCUAUUUUCACAUAAUGUCACACGCUCAUAAAUAAUUUUAGUAGGGUUAUCCUGUGACCUUAUAUUUGUCCUGCCCAUAGAAGUCUUCUACCUGGGGUAUAGCUAGAGCUGGGAUGGAAGUUCAAGUGAAAGUUAAACUAGGUGUGAGAGGGUCUAUGCAUAUGGUGUAGCUGAAAUGCAUAUUUCAGUGUUAACUGAAUAUAAAAUUUAUUUAUAUAGCCCUUCGUACAUCAGCUGAUAUCUCAAAGUGCUGUACACUGGUGUGGAUUCGAGUUGACUUGAGUUGUGACCAAGCCAAACCUUUUCAUUGCGGUGCUGAGAAAUUGUAGUCCCACAGAAGACCAGCCUUGCAUGUACAAACUUCAGCUCUACUAGUCUCUAGAAUAAUCUGGUUUAGUUCAUGCCCAGUUCAUUAUCUGUCUAGUCCUUGUUGUGCAAAACACUAUUUAUUGCUCUUAUUUUAUUCAUGUUGGCGAGUUGUAAUGUUGAGUGUGCUGGUAGGCGGAGGAUAUUGUGUGUCAGACUCCAUCUUGUCUUGUGUAUGUGACGUCUCCCCCUUACAGAGUCCUGUAGGUAAUACACAUACAGAGCUCUCUGGGGUUGAAUUGAACUUUGACUUUUUUUUUUUGCUCUAGUUUGAAGUAUGUGGAUAGCUGAGCUCUGUCAAGAACCACAUGAGGUAAGACGGAGGGGUCAAAAUCCACAGUUCAAGGCGUCCUUGAACUGUACUGUUUUUCACAGUGAGCUCGGUGCAAUAGGAGGAGGUGAAAUGAGCUGAUAAGAUGUUGACUUCCCUGUUAAAGCGAAUAUAGAUAUUAAAUGCUGGUGUGUUUUGUUACCAGCUGGUCUCCUCCCAGUCGUGUGUAUCUGUGUGUGAGAUGGAUCAACGGAGGUGGAACUCCUUUGCUAGGUGCGAUAUGGGGCUGCAGUUCACACACUGCAAACGUUGGUUUGAUGUUACUUAGAACCUUUUAGUUCUUCUGCAGUGACGCCAUAGUCUGAAUAUUGAUAUUGGUCAGUCCUUUGUUGAAGUCAUUACAUGUGUUCUAUCACCAUUUUAUUUAGCCUCGUCCCUUCCAUUGUUAGGCACUUGACUUGGAACCAAUGGUCUUUACUCAGAAGCUGUGCCUGGCAGAUGCUUCUAUUAAGUUGUGUUUAGUGUAAAGGUGACCAGUGGUCUAUAUAGACUGAUAAUUUACCAUCCCAUAAGGUUAGGGCCACGUACUGUAGAGUAGAACUAUAUCAAAGGCCAUAUAGAGAUAUUUGAAGACUCAGUGCUGCUCAGACUGUCCUAUGGCACUCUAAUUCACUGUAAUACUGAAAGAAUAUUGACCCAAAUGCAUCUCGCUUUAAAGAGAUGCUCCGGAACUUUGGCGACUACUAAGUAUUCUUUAAACCUCCUGCUUUGGGCUGGAUGUGUCAGUGUAGUUUAUACCUAAAUUAGCCACAAGAAUGCGAUUAUUUCUGGAAUUUGUGCUGUGCCAUUUUCCUACAGCCCCCUAGCAAUUCGAGUUCUAGCCAAUGAGCUUCAGACCUUUGCCAUUUGAGUAAAAUCUGCACAUAUGUGAUGUAGUACACCAUUUUCAGGGAACACAUUUGUCUCGUGAGAGCUACUUUCAGAACUACUGGCUAAAAAGUAUACAAAUGUACUGGAGAAUCUCUUUAAAUUAGAAGUAGAGAUGAUUUGGGUUAUGUGUGAGGUUGAGUGUGCCUCCUCCUUUUAUAUGUGAGUUAGCAUGUAAUGUGUGAGAGUGUUGAAGCAUCUAGAUGGUUAACUGACUAUUUCCUUCUGUUUAGUAUAACUGGGUAAAGUCAAUGAUGAAUAUGUGCCAAUCUGGAGUCACUAAUGACCUUGCAAAACUGGACAGGAACUCUUACAGAACACUAUUUUCUCUGCUAAGAUACAAGUGUACAUACAUUAUGUAGGAAAUAUAUUUUUAAAAACCUAGAAGCUAAAACACUAAGAGAAAGAGGAGUUAACUAGAAAAUAAAAACAAACGUUGUAAAGAAAUAUGGAGCUGAUUUACAAUCAGUCAAACACAUAAUCAAUUCAUCACACAAUAGUUACACAAUCAAGGAAUGUCACAACCAGUCACAUUGGGGUUCAAGAGAAUUAGCCAGAGCUGUUUGAGGCAUUUUAAACGUUAUGAUGGGAAGAGAUACUGUGUGUGCUAAUCUUCCAAUUACUGUUCUGCACACACCCUCGCUCAGAUACUGUCUUAUUGUACUCCUAACGUGGUCUCAACAGUCUAGAAAUGUGAAGUGUUCUACCUAUGGGACUCUGGUGCAGUGCCUAGAGAUGAAUACGUACUGUACUAGCAUGUCUAUGUUGGUAAGAGGAGAAGUUGAAGGGAGAUCCAGUUAGCUACUCUCAAUUCCAAUUAGUUGUUUGUAAACUGAAAGUGCACUUUACUAGUGAUGAGCUUAAAUGCUUUAAUGAGAGCCACAGUCUGAGUACUUUUUGGAGUUCCUUGCCCUCUGUUCAAUAAAAGGACUGUAUCUACUAAGGCACUGGGAUUUGUGAAGAAUUAGUUUGUCAUGUUCUUUGGAUUUUGAAAGAUUUCUUAACCCCCUCACCUUUGACUCGUUCUUCUCUUAUCCUCUUCACCCCCAGGCCAGUCCUUCACAUCCCCAAAGUCGUGUCACAGUUGUUUUCCUUUACCCCUUAGUUACACACACAGUUCAUUCCUGUGUUGUCAACCUGGUCACUUCCUCUGUCACAUCAUGUUUACCAGGCAGUGUGCGCGUGUUGCUGUGGUGACAGCCAGCCACAGGAACGCAGCAUCACAGAACACAAUGUACAACAGCCUGUGAGGGGAGACUCCAAUAGAGAAAGAGAAUGUUCCAGAACUAUUAGACAUCUUGCUUUCUCCUUCCUUCAUCUACUCUAUAGUACAGCCAUCUGUGACGAAGGUGAGGAAAUGAGGAAAGAAUGCCUUGUAUGUUUUAUUGGAAUGUGUUUAGUGAAGCUCUGACCCUUGAGAGCCCAUCUUGUAGAAGCCAAAACAUCAUCAGUUUUGGCAGAUCGCCUUUUUUUUCUUUUUGGUAGACCGGUCUUAUCCAGCACAACUAGGUUUAAGUGCCUUGUUCAAGGGCACAUUGACAGAUUUUUUUGUUGUUGUUGCAGAUAUGGGAUUCGAACCAGAAACCUUUUGGUUACUGGCCCAACACGCUUAACCACUAAGCUACCUACCACUCUGCAGGCUAACAGUCCCAUAGGUCUGCAUUUUGGGGUGGCAUCUGCCUCAGAAAAAUAUAUUUAAUGUCUGCCAUUGUGAUGAUUUUAAGGGCUACUGUAUGUUGUGUGUGUACACGCCUGGCUGUGUGUAUGUAUGUUUCUGCAUGGCUGUGCGUGUGCGGAAAAUCAUAUUUGUUGUAUUUGUCUGUGGGUAUCAGAGUUAGUCAACUCUGACUCUGUCCUUCCCCAGCUCUGAGGACAUUUAGUUCCCCUCUCAAUCAUCCCCAGCUCUAAUUACCUCCUGCAGUCAGAAAUAAAGAAUGUUUCUCUCUUCA